AUGAGCAAUUAUAAUAAUUACAACAAGUCCCCAGACCCUUCUGCAAAUCUUUCUCAAGAUGAACGUGUCAUGCAGGAUAUUCAAAAAAAAAUCAACCGUGAAAAGGGAAUUGUUCAAGGUGCUACUUCUCUCAAGUCAUCAACCUCUAACGUCAGUGUCCAACAAAAGUGUGAUGCAAACAUUCGUGAAGCACAAAAAAAUAUAGAAUAUCUUGAAGAACGUCUUCGCCAAUUGCAAGUUAGAAAACGAAAUUCUAUCAUUGCUAGCUCCUCUGACUCUAAUUCUUCUUCUUCUCCAUUUCUUGGAAACCCUGCUUCUCCAAAUGGUCCUCAUUCUCCAAAUAACCAGUCUAUAUACAACAAUUCAUCAACUGCUUUCUCUAACAAUGCCUCAGCCUAUGACUCACCUCCAGCUGUGAGACCUAAUUUCACUCGCUUGGAUCUCAUUAAAUAUGAUACACCAUAUCUUGGACCUCGUAUUCAACUAAUGCUUCAACAACUAGAAUUUAAACUUAGCGUUGAAAAGCAGUAUAAAGAAGGCAUUGAAAAAAUGAUUAACCUCUACCAAAUGGAAGGUGACAAGCGCAGCAAAUCCGAAGCUGAAGGAAAGAGACUUGAAAGUAGCCAAAAAAUCCAGCUUCUGACAAAAUCUCUCAAACGCUACUCGGAUAUGCAUAUUGACUUUGAAGAAGACUUUGGUGAAGAUGAGUCGCUUAUUCAUGCAAAUCUCCGACGGCCUCUUACCGGUAAACUCCAUAUUGCCUGUCGUGCUGUUAGAGACGUUGAUCACUAUUCUACUGGUCGUCCAGCAAAGUCUCCAGAAUCCUUCAUCACAGUCAAGGUUGAAGACCAAACUCGCGCACGUACUCGCAUUUCCCGAAAUGACAAUUGGAACGAAGAAUUUAAUUUUAAUGUCGACAAAGCAAAUGAAAUAGAAAUUGUUCUCUAUGAUCGCUCAAUGGACCGCGAUAUCCCUAUCUGCGUUUUAUGGCUCAGAAUAUCUGAUAUUGCUGAGGCAAUUCGUCGCAAAAAAGUUGAACAGGAACUAUCACCAGGUUGGGUUAGUGCAUCCAAAGUUCAAUCCAGUAUGGGCGGAUUUUCUAGUGGUGACCAUAGUGCUGCCCGUUUUGGUGCAGGUGGUGGUGGGGCCAGUGGCCCUGGCACUGCCUCUGCUGGUAACACAUAUGGCACUAAUACUGGCUUCAACUCUAGCUCUGGAAAUAGCCCCAACUCCAAUUCCCUCACUAUUGAUGGCUGGUUUGUCUUAGAACCUGUCGGAAGAAUACAUCUUACUUUGGGCUUUGAAAAGACAAACAGAGGCCCCAGACACGACAAUAAUGGUGGACUUGGAAGACAAGGUGCCAUUCGUCAAAAGAAGGAAGAAAUCCAUGAAAUGCAUGGCCAUAAGUUUGUUCAACAGAACUUUUACAAUAUUAUGCGUUGUGCCUUGUGCGGUGACUUUUUGAAAUACUCUGGAGGUUAUCAAUGUCUUGAUUGCAAGUAUACUUGCCACAAGAAGUGCUACCCUAAGGUUGUUACCAAGUGCAUCUCUAAAGCUAGCACUGAGACUGAUCCAGACGAGGAAAAGCUUAAUCACCGCAUUCCACAUCGCUUUGAGCCUGUCACUAACAUGAGCGCAAACUGGUGCUGUCAUUGUGGUUACAUGCUUCCUCUGGGGAAAAAGAAUGUCCGCAAGUGUUCCGAGUGUGGUCUUAUGGCUCAUUCCCAGUGUGUCCAUUUGAUUCCCGACUUUUGUGGUAUGUCUAUGGAAAUGGCUGAGCAAAUUCUCUCCGAGAUUAAAUCUACCAAGAAUCGUAAGGCCCACCAACACUCUAAGUCGGCUGCCAGUAUUGGUUCUAUUGCUCCAACUACUUCCCCUGUUAAGGUCCAGAAACAGCCACAAGUGAUUCAGCAACAGCAGCAACAGCAACAGCAACAGCAACAGCAACACUCAUAUGUUCAGGGGGCAGCAGUACCUGUCUCACCAACAUAUGGCCGACCUAUUUCCUCACCAUCAUCGCAGCAACAGCAGCAACAAUUCCAAUCACAGUCUCCAUAUCUGUCGAAGCAACAACAAACACAACUGCCACUACAACAGCAGCCUUCUGCUGGUUAUCAAACAUCUGCUCUUCACCAAUACCCGGAUGCUCAAGAGUCACCCUCUCCACCCCUAAGCCAACGUGUUCCAGUCAAGAGAAAGGAUGUCAGCCCUACGAGAACCCCUUCACCUUCAUUUCCUGCUGGUUCUCCAUCAGCUCCUAUUGUGUCUUCUUCUCCUCCAAAGUCUGUCUCUUCUUCUGAUCUCCAGAUUUCUAAAAGCUAUACAUCUUCCACAUCUGUUUCUGGGGCUUCCGCUGCCUCUCCUGCAAUGAACACAUUGCGUUCUGAUUCUUCUCAUACUCUUCUAGAACAGCAACAUUCUCAGCAGCUCCAAGCUCAACAGGAGGCCCAAGAAAGAGCCCAAAAGCAGGCUCAGCAAGAGGCUCAAGAAAGAGCCCAACAAGCUCAGAUUCAGGCUCAGAAAGAAGCUCAGGAGCGUGCCCAGCAACAAGCUCAACAGGAGGCCCAAGAGCGGGCUCAAAAGCAAGCUCAGAAAGAAGCCCAGGAGCGUGCUCAGCAACAGGCUCAACAACAGCAACAAGCUCAGCAACAGGCUCAACAGCAGCAAACACAACAUCAAAAGCAGCCAAGCAGUGCGCAAUUCCAGUAUCAACCUAUUCAGCAGCAAUCGCAACAACAGCAACAACAGCCACACUCACCCCAGUCUCCUUACCAGGAACAAUAUGCUGGUGCUACUCCUAGCACACCAUCAACAGCUGGCUCUCUUGCUCAAGUGGGAACUCCUGGCAAUCGCAAUUCUGCUCAGUUGUCUCCUACACAGCUUCAGCAAUUACAUCAAAUGCAUCAAAUGCAUCAGAAAUCGCCUAGACGACCUAGAAGAAAAGUCGGUUUGGAUGACUUUAACUUUUUGGCUGUAUUGGGUAAAGGUAAUUUCGGUAAGGUAAUGCUUGCGGAAUCUCGUGCAAACAAAAACCUUUAUGCCAUUAAGGUUCUUAAGAAAGACUUUAUCAUUGAAAAUGACGAAGUGGAAAGCACCCGUUCUGAAAAGCGUGUCUUCCUUGUUGCUAACCGCGAGCGCCAUCCCUUUUUGCUUAAUCUCCACUCUUGUUUCCAGACUGAAAACAGAGUUUACUUUGUUAUGGAGUACAUUAGCGGUGGUGAUCUCAUGUGGCACAUUCAGCAAACGCCCUUUACUUCUCGUCGUGCUCAAUUUUAUGCUGCUGAAGUGCUGUUAGCUCUCAAGUAUUUCCAUGAGAAUGGUGUCAUUUACCGAGACUUGAAGCUUGAUAAUAUUUUGCUCACAUUGACGGGUCACAUUAAGAUUGCCGAUUACGGUUUGUGUAAGGAAGAAAUGUGGUAUGGCAAUACCACCGGGACAUUCUGUGGUACCCCUGAGUUUAUGGCUCCUGAGAUUCUUCUCGAACAAAAGUAUGGCCGCAGUGUAGACUGGUGGGCCUUUGGUGUUCUUAUUUAUCAAAUGCUUCUUGGUCAAUCUCCAUUCCGUGGUGACGAUGACGAUGAAGUCUUUGACGCCAUUUUGUGCGAUGAGCCUCUUUACCCCAUUCACAUGCCUCGCGACUCAGUAUCCAUUUUGCAAGGCCUGCUCACCCGUGAUCCUACAAAGCGUUUGGGAUCUGGCCCACGAGAUGCCGAAGAGAUUAUGGAGCAUUCUUACUUUAAGAAUAUCAACUUUGAUGAUAUUUAUCAUUGCCGUAUCCCCCCGCCAUUUGUGCCCCAAAUUGAUUCCCCCACAGAUGUACGCAACUUUGACCAGGAGUUCACCAGUGAAGUUCCUGCCCUCACUCCUGUCAAUAGCAUUCUGACGCCAGAAAUGCAAGAGAAGUUUAGAGGCUUUUCCUACAUGAAUGGAGAUGUAGUUUAA